AUGACGCGCUACCAGCUUUCGAUGCACGCCGAGCAUCUACCGCGAAACUGGUUUCACACACCGUCGCCAUAUGCCGUUGCGACCAUCACCGAUGGUCCGCUCAAAGGCACCAAGAUUGGUCAGACGGAAACCCUGCCAAAGACUACCGAUCCGGACUGGGUUGCGGUACUCUUUUUCGAAACCGAUUCAUCCAUUUACAUGCCCCUCAAAAUACAGGUCUUUGACGAACGCGAGUAUAACGACGAUAUCUUGUUGGGGGAAGCUACCUUCGAAGCCACUGAGAUUUUUGGUGCUGCGGGACAUUUGAAGUCCGCCCAAUUGAACUACAAAGGGCCCGCCCAACUGUACGUAUCCGUCCAAACCUCAAUACAAGGAAACGACCGCGGAAUUAUGGAAUUACAGUUUCGAGGAUUGGAUAUAAAGAAUAUUGAACCUGGUCUGUUAGGAUUGGGACGAUCGGAUCCCUUUCUUGAACUGGCCAAAAAGAAUGCGGAUCAUACGGCGGGUGUGGUAAGAUGGAAUGUCGUGCACCGGUCCGCACACAUACAGGACCAUUUGAAUCCCUUUUGGGAAUCCUUCACGGUGGGACUUGAAGAGCUCUGUUACAAUGACUUGAAUUGGCCAAUGCGUAUCUUAGUCAAGGAUUGGCAAGCGAACGGACGCCACCGUAUCAUUGGGCAGUUUGAAACCACAAUGAGUAACCUGAUGGAACGAGUGGCCGUUCGAGGUAAUGCGGAUCGGCAAGCGGCCUUCGAAAUAUUUCUGGAUUCCUUGGGCGGAAGCUCGGGUAAAUCCAAAGGUUUCGUCUGUGUGCUCAAAGCUACCUUGUAUCCAGAAAAGUAG